AUGGCCAUGGCCAUGCGAACGCCAAAGCCAAGAUCUACAAAUGUAAUAAAUUCCGAUAUAGACCUAAAUAUUAGUCCAAAAGAAUUUAUACAUAAUGGCAACUUCUUUGAAAAAUAUUCUGAUUUCAAACAAAUUAAGUCAAUUUUAAAGGAUUAUGAACUUACAAUUAAUGAAGCUCUUAAGCUUCUUGGUCAAUUACAUCUACUUAAAGAGACAAAAGACUAUAAAUUCAAAGUUUUUAAAAUUCUUAGAAUUAAUUUUAAUAACAAGCUCGUGAAUAUGAUCGAACUCAUUAGUAAAGCAUAUGAAGUACUAGGUCUAUCAGUUUUAUCCACAAUAGAAAAAUUUCUAAAAGAUUUAAAAGAUAAUAAGUGCAAUGCCAAUGCUGGACUCACUGAAGAGCAACAAAAAGAAGUUGUUAAAAUCCUAGGUCAAAUUUAUAGUAAAAUAGCUGAAAUAGAGGCAACAAAUAAAAAGCUUGAAAAUUUAAGAAACCAAAGGAAUACUCUUGUAAAAGAAAGAGAAGACAUAGAAAUGCAAAUCAAUGAGGUCGAAAACGAUAUGAAUUCUUUCAUGUCAAAUCGCAAUCUUAAUGAUUUUAAUGGUGAAUUUGAAGGAAUUGAUCUUGCAAUUUACAACGAAAAACGAAGAAUCACUGAAACAAAACGAAGAGUCCAGGAGAAUUAUGCUGCAAUCAAUGACAAGAAGAAAAACCUGUACAAAUUAGUCCUUCAUGUAAUUUCCGAUAAAUCAGAAAGCGACGAGUUAUUAUUAGACUCUCGUUCAGACUCAGGUCCUAUUCAUUUGACAAAAUUUGGAUUUCAUUUACUUUGUUUCUUGAUUUCCAUUGGCGGAAUGACUCUUUCAGGAACAAUGGUAUCAGCAUCUCCUUAUGAAUUUACUAAAGUAAGCAAUAUAUUGUAUUAUGUUCUACCAAUGAUGUUAGCUGGAAUUCCACCUUUAUUACACAUAUUGUUUAUGUAUAUAUUUCAUCCUGAUGAAGAUUCAAUUUUCUUUAUUUCAGACAAAAGAAUUCUCAUUUCAAUCAUUAACUUGAUUUUUGUUCUUCUCACAAUCGGGCUUCAUUUUUCACCAAAAAUAGUUCCUUUAUGUAUAAUUAUCAGAUCAUUUCAAGGCCUUGCUGUUGGAACUAUGUCUUUUGUUUAUCCAAUCGCUUUAAAACAAGUUGCAACAUCAAAAAGAUUUCGAACUUAUUUAAUAGUUUACUUCUGUUUCUUUGCUUUGGGAAUUUUCUUAUUUAGAACUAUUGGAGCUCAUUGGAUCAAAAUUAUUUGCAUUAUUCCCUUCCUACAAAGUUUAUUGAUUUGGUUGUCAACUGAUGAUCAUUAUAGAGAUAUUAAUCUUUCUAUUGAUGAAUUCUUCUAUUCAAAAAAUUUAAUAAUUCGUCCUGUUGAAGUAAUUGCAAGAUACGCUGUUCAAGCAUUUGUUGGAUCAUUUGCAUUUUGGAUUGGUAUCAAUCGAUAUAAUUACAAUUAUUUUUCAGUUUUCAAGUUCACUAUUACAUUCAUUUCAACAAUAAUUGCUUUCUCAAUCAUAUUUAAAUUCCUAACAGCAAAGAUAGAAUUUCAUACAUUUUUUUAUUAUAUUGUGUCAUUCAUUUUAUAUUUUGUUGGAUGCGGAAUUGGUUUGGGACACAAAGAAUCAAUUGGAUUAUAUUUAAUUGUUGCAGCAAGCGGUUCUGGUCUAUUUAUGUUUUGUUGGGAUCAUUUUAUUAUUCAAAAUGGUAAUAAAGCAUCAACAAUGCCAUUUUCAUGGUUCUUGUUCUGGAUUUUGAAUGGAUUUUCUGCAAUAUUAUACCUAAUGACGACACCUUUUAUAUGGUUUAUUGUUGGUGCAAGUGCUAUAGGUAUUUAUAUAUUAUAUUUAAUUAUUAAGUUAUUAGCAUCUAAAGAUGAUAUUGGACUUAUAGCAACGAAUAAGUUUAUUAGACUAGUUAUUUAUUCAUUAUCAGCAUUGUCUAUUGGUUCUUCAAUGAUUGGAAAAUGCAAAUUAACAAAUACAUGGGAUGUUACUCUAUAUCAUGCAGUUCCUCUAUUUGCUGCUGUUUUGGCUUCGAUUGUGAUAAUAAUAUCAAAGAUAAGGAUGAAAAAUUAUGCAGUUUUCAUAUUUGAGAAUAGAGAAUUAGAGAUAGCUAUAUUUAACAUUAUUUUCAUUAUUUCAACUGGAAUAGUAGGAUAUAUUGAUAGUCCAAUAGUUGUAUUAGUUUUCAGGAGCAUUGAGGGUUUAUCCGUUGGUUUCUUAACAAUUAUAUCAUCCAUCAUGGUCGCAGAAAUCGAAUUAAUAUACUUCAAUAUAUAUUUAGGCUUUUUCGCAAUUGGACUAACCAUUGGUAAUUGCAUUCUUGAAAAAUGGGUGAUAUUUUCAUUAAUAACUUCAUCAUUGCAAUUAUUUUUAAUUUGGAUUUGUAAGCCAGAAAAAUAUACAUAUCGUUUCGAAUUUUCGAAGGAAUUAUUUAUUGGAGGAAAUAUGGAAUACGUUACACCUAUACUUCAUACUGUAAAUGCAUUUGCUGGAGUUAUUGGAAUGUUCAUUUACAACUCAAGAAUCUCACAAACAUAUCUCCAAGCCUUUUAUUAUGAUCUAGCAUUUUGUGUUGCCGCAAUAUUCAGUAUAAUAAUAUUUUAUUUACUUUAUGCACAAAAUGAUACACCACUUGUAUUAUUGUACCAUUAUUUUUCACUAGUUACUCUUUUAAUCGGUCAUAUUUUAUAUUAUGUCAAAGUCAAAGCUGGAUUAUAUGUUAUUGGAGCUGGAAUAGGCCUUGGUGCUUUUGGAGUUCCAUGGUUCAAAUUUGUAAGUAAAAGCUAUUCCGUUUGCGCGUUCAUUUUUGCUUGGGGAUGCUUUUGGCUUGCUAAUGGAUGUGCAAUAUUCCUUUAUCUUUUGACAGGCAUAGGUACGUGGACGUUGAUUGGUUAUGUUUUAACAGGUACAGCUGUUUUUGGUGCCUUGGCAGCUGGAUACAUUAUAUUGACUAAGAAAUUACAAAAACGGUGCGAUGUUUGCGAGAAUAUAUAUAUUUGGGAUACUCUUUUAGGAUUGGGCGGAAUUCUUAUUGGAACAAUAAUUGCUCCUGGACCUUUGGAUAAAAAAUCAGGACCUGUAUUUGAUGAUGAAAAAUGGGCAGUUUUUAGUUCGUACCCACCAUUAUUUGCCUUUGUAGGAGCAUUUGCAACAUUUUUAUUAUCAGCGUAG